AUAAAUAUCCCAACUCUUGAUUUUGGUGUGUGACCCCUUAUGAAACGCGACGACGACGAUAUUAAAAUAUGUUAUUCUCCUUAGUCGACGUGGACAAAAUUCUGGGGUGAAAGUCGUCACAAGUGUGGUGAAGGUUGGUCCAGUUUGCGUCCAUCCUGCGAACGAUUAGUACCUUCGCGUCUGCUUCUCUCAAAUUUUGUUGCUUAUUUAGUUACUUGUCGUACCUGACCUGACCUGACCUGACCCUGUGCCAAAAGGGGCACCAACUAAGUGACCAUGUCGGGUCGUACGUAUUCUAAAACGUAUACAAAAUUCUUCAACUUAGCGACGUUUUUCGGCGUUUUUCCCUUCAACCUUCAAGAGGACGGGACUGUGAUCGACUACCAUCGAUCUGGACCUACCAAACUAUGGGCGACCCUCAACACGACCUUUCUCAUCCUGUAUCUCUUCUACCAGUUGGGAAUGAUCACAGUGUCCUCCGUGUUGGGACGGGUGGAUAAGUUGGGAUGGUUCUCACAAUCAUGCUGGCUAAUCAUGGCACUAUUCCCCCUUCCAAGUCUCAUCCUCUACUCGAAGAAGCGACAGAAGUUGUGCGAGUGUCUGACACAAUGGGUCCAACUGGAAAAAGACUUGAUUGGAGGAAAGGAUACUGGUGCCAACAUGAAGGAAAAGAAAGUCUCGACCAUCUUCAACAUGAACGAUCCAGCUCUGAUCAAGGAAGGAAUGGAGUACGAGUCCUUUCGACGCGGUCUCUUCUGCUUCCACGCUCAGGAGAAAACCUUCAAGAAGCUGAUGUGGAUGUACUGCUUCAUCGCCAUCAUAACUUCGUGCGUCGUGGGGCUGCAUAAUCUGUCAAAUCCGGAUUUCCCCGCGUACUUCACCUCUCUGCUGGACCCCAAACGUGAUAACUCGAUCAUCAUCUACGCCUCGUCUGCCAUGCAAUUCUACAUGGUCGGACUCUGCGUCAUCCACGUUGGUUCGUUCGAAAUCCUGAUGAUGGGCUGCGUCCGAUCGAUUCGACACUGCAUCGAGUCCCUCUCAAAUCUGAACUCUGUGUCGAUGGAGAGGAGGGCCGUGUGCGGACGAAAAAAGCCAAAGAAUGACACCCUCGACGUGGCCACAAUUGCGGAAAAUAUCGAAAAGAGGGAUGCCACACAGUACGGGUCGCAGCAGGAGAUGCAGGUCGAAGAAGCAACGGACAACUACCGAAGGGUCGAAUUCGUCGUGGAAAAUAUCAACGAAUGUUUCUCUGGAAGCUUCUUGGCUCAUCAGACGAUGUACUUGGCAAUGAUGUGCAUCCUCAUCUUCGUAUUCUUACGAUCAAGCGAGAAUAAUUCCAUCAUAACGAGCAUCUUCUUCUCGACUUAUUCGAUCUUCUUCACCCUCCGAAUCUGCUGUCUGCUCCCAUUCUUGGGAAAAUUGGGUGAAGACUCGGAAAUCUUCAUCUACUCAUGGUUGGAGGAAAUCCCGAAACUUCUCCGGGGAGGAAAGCCAUACGAAACUGCUGAAGUGAAACUUCAUGCCUGCCGAAUUCUUGGGAUCAACUGCGGAGACUAUUACGACAUUCAGGGUUCCACCAUCCUGACCUUCUUCUCCAUCGUGACAACCUAUCUCAUCAUCCUGCUCCAAUUGUAAACCUUGUCAAAAGAGGUUUACAAAAGAGGGGAGAGAAGCUCAAGAGCAAUUCUAUACAACAAAUAAUAAAGCUCAAUUCACAGUAGUGGUAAAGAUGAAGAGGGGACAUCAACGUCAAAAGCAGACGAAUCAUAUAAAAUAUAAUAAUAGAAUUACAAGAAUACAUAAAAAAAAAAAAAAAAAAAAACCUUUAUUACAACCACUGGACCCCACGAAUGGGCCAUUACCCAGGGAGGGAGAAGAGUACCUGAGCUUGGCAGUGGGGAAAAACGAGAAAAACCCACUGCAGGCACUAGGACUUGAACCCAGCACCUCCAUUCAGCCCACUCAGGUGGACGGUAAGCAGGAUGGCAUUUCUGCCACUCCGCCUCGUCACCCUUCAUAGACGAAAUCGCAUAAGUAACGCAAAAAAUAGAUGUACACACAAUGGGAUCAAAAAAUAGGCUUAAAGUCACACCACCAAAAUAAUUUCUUGUAAUGUACAAGCUUCUUGUGAGUAGUUUCGUUGUUGCAUGCAUGCAUUUUAUUCGUGUUGUUUCACUCGUUUCUUAGAAUAAUUUGGGGUAAAAUGUAGAUACAAAAUAAGUAGUUAAAUAGUAAAUUAAAAGCAAGAAGGACAAUUAACGUACCUGGAAGGAAUAAUACCUGAGCAAUAUAAUCAACUACCACGGGGGACAGACAUGCUUUAAAAAAGUGUAUUUCUAGCAAUAUGGAAGAUCAUUCACCUCGUAUAAAAAAUGUAUAUACAUAAUUAGGUUGUCAGUGUUGUAAAAAAAUCUUCAAAUUUUGCAUACUAGAAAUUUUGUUAGACAGCGAUUUUAGUAGAAAAUCGAUUGCCGGUACCAUAAAAUACAUCUUAAAACACAUCUUGUACAUAUAAAUAUUUGUCAUUGUUGUAGCAUAUCAUUGUAAAUAUGGAUGUUUAAAAAUACUUGGUAGAUUUUUAUCAUUUCCAGAAAGGGUGAAGCGAAAGGCUAUAAAUUAUAUAUGUUAUUGCGGCUAAUUAUUUUCCUAUUCUGAAAAAAAUGUCAAGUUAUGUAUCCCUGGAAUGGAAAUUGUGCUGGAAAAUGUGGGCUUGGUUGGGAAAUUGUAUAUUACGUGGUGGGGGAUCCAUACUAGACAUGCAUACAUAUUGCUGAACAAAGAUAAUAGAUAGGAUAGGAGGAAGGCAGAGGAUGAAUAAUUAAGGAAAUGGGAAAAUAUAUUGGAACGAAUGGACUGUACCCCACUAAUUACCUGUAUUACGUAGAGGAGAAAGUCGCCCCGUGCGUUACGGAAAGUCUUAAAUAUUAUUGUGCCAGAUCUAACCAACGUACAGACAUAAUAGCUGUUGAAUCAGCGAACAUAACAGUUUAACCCUCUAAAUAAUAAACAAUUUAUUGAUCUUGGUAUGAAAAACAGUUUAGGGGUUUGGACUGGAAAAUAUUGCGGAAAAGUAUAUACUAAAAUUAAUACUUGAUUCAAUUGCCUUUGCUUUCUCCCUUGAAAAUGUGGUUUGGAAGGUCGAUUUAAAAUGAAAUAUUGGUCUUUUAUUGGAGUUUUGGAUUUUCAGUGUCAUCCUGCUUCUAACUCUCAUCUAUAGCAUUCUCUAAUCAUUAUUCAAAUGUGUUGGUAAAUCUUUCGUAUGAUUCAUGAUCAAAAGUAAUAUAAUAAAUGAUUCGUGUAUUUUUUGUGUAUCGUAAAA